GGCGCGGAGCAUCACGGGCCGUGGCGGGAGCCGCGGACCCUGCGGCCGGAGGCUAUGGAGAGACGGGAGGAGGAGCAGAAGGACGAGGAGGAAAAGGCUGAGAAGAUUGCCUUAUGGUUGAAAAAGAUUUUUGGUGAUCAGCCCAUUCCGAAAUAUGAGGUGAAUCAACGGACCACAGAUAUCUUAUAUCAUCUUUCGGAAUGUAACAAAGCACGAGACAGGGAUGUCUCCUUGGUAAUAGAAGAUUUGAAACAGAAGGCAAGAGAAUAUGAAUCAGAAGCCAAGUAUCUCCAAGAUCUUCUCAUGGAAAGUGUCAAUCUGUCUUUCACUAGUCUUUCUAGUAUUGGAAGCAGCUAUCUUAAUGCUUUAGUUGACAGUGCACUGGUGCUUGAAACAAAGGAUACCUCCCUAGCUAGUUUUAUCCCUGCAGUGAAUAGUUUGGCUGCUGAUCUUUUUCGCGCCAAAGCCAGAAAUGAAGAAAUGGAGUUUGAAUUGAGCAAAUUGGGAAAAAACCUAACUGCAACUCUAAUACUAGAAAAAUGUCUACGAGAGGACCUCAAGAAAGCAGAGCUGCAUCUUUCUAUGGAAAAAGCCAAAGUUGAUAGUCGAAUUUCGAAUAUAGAUUUUCUUAAAGCCAAAUCUGAUGACCUCAGGUUAAGAAUCAAAGCUGCAGAGGAACAACUUUCAGCUCGAGGGAUGGAUGCUUCUCUGUCUCAUCAGUCAUUGAUGGCACUUUCAGAGAAACUGGCUGAACUAAAACAGCAGACUGCACCUUUGAAGAAGAAAUUGGAAUCCUAUUUAGACUUAAUGCCGAAUCCUUCUCUUGCUCAAGUGAAAAUAGAAGAAGCAAAGCGAGAACUGAAUUCUGUGGAUGCUGAGCUGACAAAGAAGGUGGACAUGAUGGAAUUGUUACCAGAUCAAAGUAAGCGUCGAUUUACCUAAAAAACAAAGUGAAUGAAAAAGGACUUGAAAUUUUUGAGUGUAUUUUCUGUCUGCCUUCCCUAAUCCCUUAUUCCGGUGUUUCUUUGCAUGAAAUAAUAGUAUCCUUAUUUAUAUAAAAUAAAUUCCCAUAUGUAUUGCCUUUUUAUAUCUAAAUACUAUUUCUUUUAACUGAAAAUAAACUGUUAUCUUGGUUGUCA